AUGCCAGAAAAACGAAAAAAAAUGGGCACACUACGUGCACUGAUUCUUGUUGGUGGAUAUGGAACACGAUUGAGACCCUUGACUCUUAGUAGACCUAAACCACUUGUAGAGUUUGCUAAUAAACCAAUGUUGAUGCACCAAAUUGAAGCGUUGGUAGAAUCAAAUGUCACUGAAAUAAUAUUAGCUGUAUCAUAUCGAGCUGAGGAAAUGGAAAAGGAGCUUACAGCUGAAGCAGAAAAACUAGGCGUUAGUCUAAUCUUCUCACAUGAAAAUGAACCUCUGGGUACAGCUGGUCCUAUCGCUCUGGCACGUCAAAUUUUAAUGACAAGUGAUGAGCCGUUUUAUGUUUUAAACUCAGAUAUUAUUUGCGAUUUUCCAUUUAAACAACUUUUAGAAUUUCAUAAAAAACACCGUAAAGAGGGUACGAUUGUUGUAACUAAAGUUGAAGAGCCGUCCAAGUAUGGAGUUGUUGUCUAUGAAGAAGACGGAAAAAUAGAAAGUUUUAUCGAAAAACCUCAAGAAUUCGUAUCAAAUAAAAUAAAUGCUGGUAUUUAUAUUUUAAAUCCUAGUGUAUUAAAUAGAAUAGAAUUGAGACCUAUGAGUAUUGAGAAAGAAGUAUUUCCGGGAAUGGCUAAGGAUAGACAGCUGUAUGCAAUGGAAUUACCAGGCUUUUGGAUGGAUGUAGGACAGCCUAAAGAUUUUUUAACUGGAAUGUGUUUGUACCUUGCAUCAUUAAGAGAAAAGUCACCAGAAAAACUGUACACAGGCGAAGGCGUAGUGGGCAAUGUCCUUGUUGAUCCAACAGCUAAAAUCGGUAAAGACUGUAGAAUAGGUCCUAAUGUUACAAUUGGACCAGGUGUUACUUUAGCUGAUGGUUGUUGCAUUAAACGUUCAACUCUUUUAAAAUGCUCAACUGUUAAAGAACAUGCAUGGCUUGAUGGAUGCAUCGUCGGAUGGCGAAGUGUUGUUGGACGAUGGGUGCGAAUGGAAGGAAUUACAGUACUUGGUGAAGAUGUUAUUGUCAAAGACGAGUUAUACAUUAACGGUGGACAAGUACUUCCGCACAAAAGUAUCGCCACAUCUGUUCCUGAACCACAAAUCAUCAUGUGA